CACCAAAAAACACACUAAAACCAUUUGAAAUUGUUGGUGAGAAAAGUAAAACAAUAGGACAAACACAACCAAAAAACAAGGCCAAAAAGUGGAGGCAAUAAAAGGUGGACGCGUGGGACGGUUGCCCCGUUCUUCUUUCCCCGCAGUCCCUCCCUCACCCUUUUUUGCACUACAAAAUAUACUCUCAUCAUCACCUCUUCUCCAUCCCCCUCACUUCUCGCCUUCCUUCCACUCAAUUUGCUCCCAGCCCUCCCGGCAUAACCGUAGCCGCCGCCGCCUCUAACAAGGCCUGAAGAUUGACGGAUUGUAGCGCCUCAGAAAUUCACUGAUUGAUACGAUGGAGUCAUCGUCUUCGAUCGGGAAUCCAGAUGUCAACCCUAACCGAUCCCGGAAAAUGCGGAGAACGAUCGGCGACUCGGACCGGGAUCGGCCGCAACCGACCUGCGUCGAUGGGCUGAGGUGGAGAACCCAGGCUGCCCGGCAGAUCUACUCGUCGAAGCUCGUGAAUGCCCUCCGUCAAGUUCGCCGGAGAAAUAUGACGCCGUCUCCCGCCGUCGCCGGCCGCGCCAUCCGGGACACGGCUUAUAGAGUCCUCGCCGUCGCCGCCAAGGGAAGGACGCGCUGGAGCAGAGCAAUUCUCGCCGGCCGGCUCAGUAAAAAGCACAAGAGAGCCCCAGCAAGAGCCAUACCCGGCGAUAUCCGGUCGAAGAAGCCGGCGGUCGCGAAGAGGCUGCCGCCGCUGCAAAGGAAGGCGCGCGUCCUCGGCCGGUUAGUUCCCGGUUGCCGGAAACUGCCGUUCCCGAACCUUCUAGACGAAGCUACCGAUUAUAUUGCAGCUCUGGAGAUGCAAGUGAAGGCCAUGAGCGUUCUCGUCGAGCUUCUCAACCGCGCCGGAAUGGGAAUUUUACUGCCUAAUCCCGACCGGCUCCGGCUUGGCUCGGAACAGUCUCAAGGCUCGGCUGCACGUGACUUGCGCUGAGCUGUAUAUUCUUUUUCUUUAUUUUUAUGGAAAAAAAAUCUAUAUAUAUUUAAAAUAUUUUGUUAAUAUGUGAGGCCUUCAUUAUAUUUCCGAGUAUUUUCAUUUUUUUUAUUGUAUACAAUUCCUCUUGGCCACAAAUCCCACAAUCUCUUUAUUUGUUUUCCCAUUGAUUGGUUUGAUUUGUGAUUAACAAAUCUUAUUUGGGGAGUUACUUAAAUAAUACUCCGUACUAAAACAUAAUGACUUUUCCUAAAUAGCACUACAUGUAUUUUUAUUCUCAAUGUAGCACUUUUAGUCAUUAUUCAAGUAAAUAUUCGUCAUCACU